ACUGAAGUCCGGCCGAUCUGCGCCGGUUCAUGGCUUGGCAACACAGUCAAGACUCAAGUAGACCUACACCGGCGUCCGUCGUAGACGUAAAAUCGUUAGGCGCUGUGCGGCAUUUCUCCCCAUUUUCCUGGUCCGCGUGGUCCAGCGCACAAGCGUAGAAACUGCACUGAGCGUCUUUUCUGUUGUUCGUUAGGCUUCUGCUUCAUUUCCGCGCAAGAACCUCGAACUAGACUCAGGCAGCGCGUAGCUCUUGCUUCAACCAGGCAUGGUGCAUAUCAAUAGCAGCUCCCGCUGUUUGGCCGGGGUUGGUGUCUUCCUUAUCUGUACGGCCCUAGGCUGCGGCAUCGCAAGUCAGCUUCUCAACAACUGGGUAGAAUUCUCGAGUACGGAUAGAACGGACUACUUAGUCCCUGUGAAGCUCACUGUCCAAAUAGGCCUUUGGAAAACGUGUGGUAAGGUGGCUGCACUAAACGGUGAAGAAACCUUGACCCUCAAGACCUGCAACUCGUCGACAACACUGCGAUGGCUGGGUACGCUCACCGAAGUCAAAGGCAUGAGUCUGGGCAGUCUGAGUGCAGGCGCUCUGGCAGGCGUGUUCGGAAUUGGCGCAUUCGGUUCGUUUGGCGUUCUGAUAGCAACUGGUUUCUUGACACUUCUGCAAGCCGGUGCCAUGAUCGGAGCUGUUGGUCGUUUCGCCUGGGUUGUCAACGACAACGACAUCCUCCAGCUGAUUUUCAACGAUAACACUUCGGGGACCAACGGCUAUUCAAUGGGCUUCUUCCUCUCCUGUGCGUCGGCAGGAGCUGCGGUUCUGGCAUGUCUAUUCUACUUCAUGGGCAGCUGCUGCGCUUGCUGCAGCAGAGAUCCAGAGUCGGAUGAGAUUCAGCUUGUGCAUGUUGUCACUGAAAAGCAGAACAUUUAACUUGCCUUUAGGCGUGUACUUGUUUUGAUGCAUUUCUGCAUGCUUCCGUAUUCUCCUCCUGCACUGCAUGUUUGGUUUCCUGAAGAGCUGAACCCGUGUCUGAUCGUUGUUGCUUCACAUUUCUUGCUACAUUUUUCGAAUUAGUCGGUGCUACUGCGAAGGAGGCCAUGAUACAGCAGAGUGUUGACUUGUUCAUGAUCACCGUACUUGUAUAGUAUUGUUAGCUUCUCUCA